AUGUACACAGAUAUAGAGAGAGAGCAGCAGCAGCAAGAAGGAGAGGCAUCACGGAUAGCUGCUGCAGCAGCAGCAAAGAAACGAAAAGAGGAUUUGUCUCGUUGCCGCAAGGAGCUCAAGACAGAGGCUGCUUCUUUGAAGGAAUGUCUCCCCCACCUGAGGGCAGCAGAAGCAGCAGCAGCAGCAGCAGCUGCUGCUGCUGCAGUAGCAGAUAUAGAGAGAGAGCAGCAGCAGCAAGAAGGAGAGGCAUCACGGAUGGCUGCUGCUGCAGCAGCAAAGAAACGAAAAGAGGAUUUGUCUCGUUGCCGCAAGGUGCUGCAGGAGCAGCGCGAGCAGCAGCAACAGACACUGCAGGGCCCCUCAUCUCCUUCAGCAGCAGAAGCGCAGCAGCUAGCAGAGAAGGAGACAGCAGCAGCAGCAGCAGCAGCAGCAGUUGCUGCAGCAGAAGCAAAGCUGCAGCAGCUGCAGCAAGCAACAGCAGCAGCAGCAAAAGCUGCUACAAAGGCACGGGCUGUAUCUACAGAUGCUGAGCUGCUGCUGCAGGCAGCUCAAUACGAAGCAAGACAAGCAAACUAUGAGCAGCAGCAGCAGCAAAAGCUGCUGCAGCGGCUGCAGCAGCAGCAGCAGGAGAGACGUCAGGCUCUAAGAGAGGCAUUCGUGCGCGAGAAGAAGGCACUGCAGCAGGCAGCAGCAGCAGCAGCAGAAGCUGCAGCAAAAGCAGAAGCAGCAGCAGCAGCAGCAGCAGCAACAGCAGCAUCCCGGGAGACUUCAGGAGCGCAACAGCAGCAACAAAAAAACCAACACCAACACCAGCAGCAGCAGCAGCAGCAGCAGCAGCAGCAACUGCAGCAGCUGCAGCAGAUGAGGGAAUCUAUCACGAAACGUAUUGGGCUGUAUGUACAGCCCAGCAUGCAGGGGGGGGGGCCCCCAGAUGCUGCUGGUUUGUUUGCUGCGCAAAAACACCACCACCACCAACAGCAGCAGCAGCAGCAGCAGCAGCAGCAGCAGCAGCAACUGCAGCAGCUGCAGCAGAUCAGGGAGUCUAUCACCAAACGCAUUGGGCUGUAUGUACAGCCCAGCAUGCAGGGGGGGGGGCCCCCAGAUGCUGCUGGUUUGUUUGCUGCUGUUGAGGGGUUGCUGCUGCAGCAGCAGUUCUCUCGCUUACCUGUGGGGCCCCUAGGUGAGCUGCUGUAUAUAGAUGAGGAUGCAUGCGCAGCAGCAGGAGUACCAGCAGCAGCAGCAGCAGCAAUAGCGGAGGAGCAUCUGCGGCCUCAUAUACAUACUUUCUUAGUUAGUUCUUUAGCUGAACAAAAGCUGCUGCUGCAGCUGCUGCUGCAGCACAGAUUGCCCCCUCGUGCUGCUGCUGUCACCUUCUGCUGCUCCCCCUACGCCCCCAGACUCACGGAUGCUGCUCUGGGUAUCCCCCCGGGUGUAUGUACACUGUACAAAGCUCUUAGAAAAGAAGAGCCUGCAGCAGCUGAUACUGCGCAGCAGCAAAACGCAUGCAGCACAAACACACGCAAUUGCAUGCCCCUGGCAGCAGUACAUUUCUUGGUGGAUGUGGCUUCGAUAGAGCGCGUGGCGAUAGCAGAAGACAGCCGUCAGUUGCAUGCAUUGCUGCACGGGCCCCCUGGGGGCCCCCCAAGGGGCCCCCCUGGGGGCCCCCAGGGGGGCCCCCCAGGGGGCCCCCGCAGGGGGCUGCGUGAAGGGUACGGAUGGAGAGAAGCUGUGCAUCUGAGGAGACAGGGGAGAGGGACAGAGGGACUGCCGACAGCGCGGGGGGGGAGACAGGCAAGGGGUGUUGUGCGGCUGCUCUCUGCUGAUGCUGCUGCUGCAGCAGCAGCAGCAGCAGCAGCAGGGACAGCAGCAGCAGGGACAGCAGCAGCAGGGAUAGCAGCAGGAGGAGGGAGAACAACGGUAGAUGCUGCUGCUGCUGCUGCAGCAGCAGCAAAGGCUGCUGCUGCUGCUGCUGCUGAGAAGGCAAAAGCAGGACCAGAUACAGCAGCAAGAGCAGCAGCACUAGAGAAGGAGCUGCAGCAGGAGAUGGAGACAGAGCAGCAGCUGCUGCAGCAGAAGAGAGAGACAGAUGCUGCUGCGAGAAAAAAACUAGAAACUGCUGCUGCUGCUGCUGCUGCUGCUAAAGCUGCAGAAUCAGCAGCAGCUGAAGAACUACGCGAGCAGCUGAAGGUGUUGCGGGAGAAGCUAGAAGCAAAAGAAAGAGAGAGAGAAAAAGAGAAGAGACAGCAGCAGCAGCUGCAGCAGCAGCUAGACAAAACAGCUGCUGCUGCAGCAGAGCUGCAGCAGACACUCGAAGAGACGCAGCAGCAAAUAAAAAAUAACAAACAGCAGAUAGAAGAUGCUGCUGCUGUGAGUUUUAUCUCUCUCUUAUAA